AUAGAGCCACCAUAUUUCAUAGCUACUCCACCACACAAUGUAUCAGUAAGAUAUGAUAAUGCUAUUACAUUAAACUGUUCAUCUGGUGGAGUACCUUUACCAAAUAUCACUUGGUUCAAGGAUGGCAUAGUUAUACCUACUGAUCAGUAUACCAGUAGUAAUCAAUCAGAUACACUCAUUACUAUGCUCACUGUUGUGGGAUCAUUAACUUCACAUGGAUAUUAUACUUGUCAAGCAGUCAAUGAUCUAGUGAAGAGGAGAGUCAUAAACGCUACUGCGAAUGUUAUUGUUAAUGAGCCUCUUAGUUAUGUUGGGAUUGAUCCACCUUCAACUGGUAUAACUUUGAAGCAGUUAGAUACCUUUAAUGCCAAUUGUAGCUUCUCUGGACUUCCUUUGCCUAUCGUGUUUUGGUUUCAUAAUGGUUUUGUCAGUAGCAACAGUAGAGUCUCUAUUACUACUGAUAUUCAAGAGAUUACUGUAACUUCAACCCUGACAAUAAAGAAUGUCAAUAAAUCAACCGAUGAAGGACUUUAUUACUGUAUUGGCUUGCGAUCCUAUGAGAAUUUAUAUUAUGGUUACAAAUACCUAAAUAUUGAUUAACUUUAUACUUAGUUAACAGUUUAAGUUUAUCUUUUAGUUUGUAUAGUAUAUGCACUUGUUCACUAUUGUCACAGUGUUAUAUUUCAAUAUUGUUCACCCAUUUAUUAUAUAUGUACUAUAUCUAGUACUCAUGUACCUAGAUCUAUUGUUAUCAGUCGUGUUUUACUGUUUACUCAUUAUUCAUGCAUGCACAACAUUUUUAGCAUUACCGUAUAAAAAUUCUUCUUUCAGGCAUUAUUAUACCAAGCGCUAUAGCGCUUGGUAUGUAGGGUUGAGUUGGACGAGCACACCCCAAAAUGGCUGCCAUCCCAGAAGCAUUGAGCCAGUGUAAAUCUUCAGGAAUUCUUUAUGGCUUAUCUGACGGUCAGGAUGUCCUAUAUAAUUUUGUUAGAACAGGUUAACGUUAUAAAAAGUAGUUAUAAAAACUUCCAUAAGAACUAGUCCUACAGUUUUUAUCCUAAAAAUAUGAUUUUUGCACCAUUGUAUUGCACUUCAGGGACGCUAGU